AUGUGUGACCUGUGCGGCUGUGCCGGCAGAGUGAGAUCACUCAAGCCCAAUUGCUCAGCCCCCACUUUUUCUUCUUCCAAGGUUCCUGGAAGACAAGACGGGAUGGGAGAGCGGAAGGGCGGGGCUGCCUUAAUGAGCGAAGCAGGUUCUUGCUCAGCAUCAGACUUCAGCUUGGAGGGAGAUUACUUAUUGGGUGGCCUUUUUCCUUUACAUGAAAUUGAAAAGGAAACAACUCUGUUUUCUGCAGAGACCACCGAAUGUUUCAGGCACAGUACCUCCACGUCUGGUUAUCAGAUGUUGCAAGUGAUGAGGUUUGCUGUUGAGGAGAUUAAUAACUCCACAACUCUUCUGCCCAACGUUUCUCUGGGAUAUGAGAUUUUUGACCACUGUACGGACUCAAAAAAUUUCCAUUCAGUCUUCAGUUUUAUCUCGAAUAAUGGCUCAAUAAAACCUAAAGAAAAACUCAACAACUAUCAGCCUAAAGUGAUUGCUUUAACAGGACCAUAUGGAAGCACAAGAACUAUGACUAUUGCACCACUGUUCACAAUGGACCUUAUACCAAUGGUGAAUUAUGGAGCUUCUACCUAUGCGUUAAGCAAUAAACUUCAGUAUCCUUCCUUUGUAAGAACAAUCCCUAGCAACAAAGACCUGAUAGAGAUGAUUAUUCACAUCAUAUGGUGGUUUGGAUGGAACUGGGUUGCCUUUAUUGGUAGCCAAGACGAUUACAGUUCAGAUGGACUAAAGCUUUUUAAUGAGUAUAUAAGCAAUACUGGUAUUUGUUUGGCCUAUCAAGAGGGUCUAAGUCUAAACACAAACUACAGUCUAACGCUUAAAAAGAUUGAUAUGCUCAACAUCAAUGUCAUUGUAAUUUUUGCUUUGCCACAAUAUGCAAGCAAAAUUGUCAAAGCAGCCAUAGCGAACAACAUCCGAGACAAAGUAUGGAUUGCAAGUAAUGCAUGGGCUAUGAAUCAACAGCUUCCAAGAGAGCCAGGAAUUGAGAAAAUUGGCACAGUCAUUGGCAUUACAGAGAGACUGUUGUCAUUGCCCGGAUUUAAUCAAUUUGUCUAUAAAGCCAGAGGAGCAUCUGAUGCUGGCCAUAAUGAUUAUGAGGGUAAAGUCAAGAGUAAGACAUGCAAUCAAGUUUGUCAUUACUGCUCAUUGCUGACUGCAGAGGAGAUUAUAAAUGAGAAUCCCUCACUUUCCUUUGCCAUAUAUGCUGCCAUAUAUACGAUAGCUCAUGCAUUACAUAAAGUUCUGCAGUGUGACAUCAAUGAAUGCCAGAAAAAUACAAUGGCCAAGCCAUAUAUGCUUCUGGGAGAAAUAAAGAAGUUGCAUUUUAUACUCAAUGGCCGUCAGGUGAAAUAUGAUGAUCAUUUUGAUCCAGCUAUCAGUUUUGCAGUUGUGGUCUGGCGCACUGAAGUGAAUCCUCCACAGUUCGUGAUGGUGGGCACAUAUGAGAAACAUCCAGGAAUUACUUUUACCAUUGAUAACUCUCUCCUUCCCUGGCAUAACAAAAAGGUUCCUUUCUCAAACUGCUCUGUUGAGUGUAAGGCGGGAUAUUCAAGGCAACCUGACGAUUUUCAUAGUUGCUGUUUUACAUGUAAAAAAUGCCCGCCUAACAGCUAUGUGGAUUUUUCUCGGGACCCUUAUACCUGUUUUCCUUGUGCAGAGGGUGAAUGGUCUGAUGAGGGCAGCACAACAUGUAAGACACGCUCUGUUGUCUAUCCUCAAUUCACAGAAAUCCCCUCCAUCAUUGUCAUGGUUUCUGCUGCAUGCCUAAUUAUUCUUCUUAUUGCCAUAUUUUGCCUUUUUGCCUACAAUUACGACACACCAGUGGUGAAGUCUGCUGGUGGCGGCAUGUGUUUCCUCAUGUUGACCAGUUUGAUUAUGUCUAGCAUAAGUGUGUUCUUUUUCUUUGGAAAACCAUCAUUUGUAUUUUGCCUCCUGAGAAAUGCCAUAUUUGUAUUUUUCUUCACUGUUUGUAUUUCCUGUUUGACUGUCCGUUCCUUUCAAAUUAUUUCUGUUUUUAAAAUGGCUGCUCAGUUCCCUAAGGUGCACAGCCUUUGGGUAAAACACAAUGGCCAGAGGCUCUUCAUUGCAUUUGUUUCUUUCAUUCAUUUCAUUUCUUGUGUGAUCUGGAUGACUGUCAAUCCUGUCAAAGCCAUUGCUGACUCAUGGACUUAUAAAGAUCAACUUAUGCUCAUUUACUCGCCACACAUCACGAUGUUUUAUGCCCAAAUCUUCACCUCCAAACGAAGCACACUAGCCAAGAUAUGGCUCGCAGCCCACUGGGAGAAGAAAAUAACCAAAGCACACGUGUUUGAAUGCGACCUAGAGACCACCAUAAAGGAGAUCUUGUCACCCCAGGUGAAUGCAUCCUCAUAUGUGCCAUCUCUGAUUUUAAAUCCGUCAGUGACAACAGAACGAGUGAACACUGCAAGAGAGCUCAACGAUAUUUCGUUUUUGAUCACAGGACAGACAGAUCUGCCUGAGGAUGCGAUGGAGGCCGCGUUAAAAUCUAUCACUCUACCAGAGGACUUCACUGACUUUGAUUCCCAGCUGCCUGAUCUCAACACCAUUGAUGUGGUCGAUCACUUCUCUUUGAAUCAGUGCCGCACUGAAGAUAUUACCCUCAAAGAGACCUUUGAGAACCACUUUCUCACCAUGGAGCAAAUUGGUAAACCCUCUGAAUGA